AUGGCCACGGCCGAAGCUGCAUCGAGACCGCAUGACAAAGACCGGCAUACACGCAAGCGUCCCUUUGCGGGCUGGAUGAAGCGCCUGGCGAACCUGAAGCCCUCAUCUUCCGACGCUCCGAACAAGAAGAACCAAAUCACCAAGAAGUCAGCAGCCAAGAACAACCCAUACCCAGAGUCGGGCUAUGUCAACACUACGGCCCCCGACGACGGCUUCUCGGUAUUAACGCCCGCAACGCCGCGAUCAAACAGUUACACGUCGGUGGAGGAGGCGGCAGCUCGCCAAGGGGUACAGAAGAGCAACAAGUCAACAGCACCAACCGUCGCAACAGUGCCGGAGACGGUACAUUCGACGCGAUCAAAGGCCGAGACAGGCGGCAGCAACUUUGUCAACGGAGGCAGCACUUUCUCGUCCCCACAUGGUUCCGAGCACUCCCUCACCACCACCCUGACGACGAUACAAUCCACUGCGCCUUCAAACGUGCUCAACAUUGGUCAGAAUCAGCCAAACCCGGCGAACCUGAGUGCCCCGCCCGUCCACUUCUCACACCAGUUCCCAACCUCUCCCCCUCCGUCAGCGAUACCGCCGCACUUGGCACCCCAGCAGCAGCAGCCCAACUCGUAUUCGGGCGCCACUGCAAACAACAUCCUCACCGAUAAUGCGUCGAUCCUCACCCUGGCCUCGUCAUCAAAGCGUCGCCGCCGCAACUCCGUAGAUACAAACGCUUCGAUGCGAGCCCUAGCCCCAUCGUCGCAUUACGGAGGCAGUCGCGAGUCGCUCCCACUUAGCGUGCUGUCAGCCAACCCCGACACGAUAUACUCGCCUUCUGGCAGGCCAAGCAACGUCAGUGCUUUUGUAAACGCAGAGCGUGCAAGCGUCUACUCGGCUUCCGGAGUUACCGCCCCCGUCCUCCCCAGCGAGCGCAACAGCUACUAUGCCAACAAGCAGGCUGACGCUCUGAGCGUGCGCAGCGGACUCCUUGGCCACGGUCGCACUGAUAGUAUCAGCAGCAUCCGAGCCACGCCCACCAGCCCCCUCGCCAGCCCACGCGACCCCGUCGGCCCCGGAAGAAUCAGCCGCAAGAGCGCGGAGUGGAAAGAUGCAAGGGAAACAAGUGACGAGGACGAAAUACCCGCUAGCUGUAUUCUCGAAGAACAUGAAGAUAAGCCAAAGACGGACAAACAAGUCUAA